AUGGGGUUGAAAAAAGUGUUUGAAUCCGGCGCAGCAGUGGUAGCGAAAAGGCAUCUAAAGUUCGAUGACGAUGCAGAAGACUCUUUCCAUACAGCAGACGAGGGCAAUUCCACGCUGGAAGCUAUCAAUGUAGCAAAGAAACAACCAGUUGAUAGUGAUAGUGAUAGCGAUAGCGAUAGUGAGAGUGAUGCGCCUGAAGAAGAGGGCUUGAGCAGUGGGAAAGACGUUUUGGAGGAGAAGAUUAAAGCACAAGAGGAAGCCAAGAGGGCCCAAGAAGAAGCAGCUAAGGAGAGAAGACGGAAGAAUGAGAGGAUAUUCAAGCAGCAGCAAUUGGAGAAGAAGAAGAAACUCGAGUUAGAAGAGGCUAAACAACGAUCAGACGUGCAGAACAGUGGUGUUGCUGUGCGAACCGACGAUAUGGAAGACCCAGAGGAGCUACCACAAGAGUUCUUCGACGAGCUAGAGACAAAUGAAGAGGACCCGGAAGAAAGUGAUAAAGCCCAAGGCUUGAGCGUGAAGCCAAAACAUAUAAACUUCAGUAAGCAGGAUCUUGAGGCUGCCAGGGAAGAAGAACAGCUGGUGAGAGAGGAAAUACGAAAACAAAAGAGGAGAACUCUAAGAGAUUUAAGAAAGACACAAGUCCAGAAAGGCCCAGUGACGGUCAAUCUUCUUUCUUCGAUGAAUGUGUCCAGGUCGCUAGCCCCUAAGAGAGAAACUAGCAUCUUGAAGUCGAAGGAUAAGUGGUUGAAGAGAAGAAGCCUAAAACGUAAAUAA